AAAGGACAAAAUGCUUUUUGGGUGGCAAGAGCAAUGACAACCAAAUCCCGGAGCAGAGCUUGAGCUGAAGAUGGGAUUCCCUGGGCUGGGAUUCCAAACCACACCAGUACUGGUCCCAGUAGCUGCUGGGGUGUGAGCUGGACGCUCCAUGAGGGGCAUGGUUGGCAUUCCCACACCUCGAGGGCAGCACGGAGGUUGGAGUCAGUCCCUGUAAAACACCGGAGUGUUUCCUAGACCUCAUUCUUCGGGCUGGAGUUGGGAUGCCCAGGGAGUGCCCCGGCUGCACAGCAGAUGGAGCUGGCGCCUUCCGGCUCUCCCAUGCCCUUAGAACUGAAUUCCCAAUUGCUCAGAACUUUGGGAAAAGUUCAUUCAGGGGCGCUCUCAAGACUUCACUUUGGUCAGAGCGCGCAUCCUUUUCCUCAGCAGUGUGGGGUGAGUCCUGCUGAGCUCAGCUCUGCCGGAGGUGUCUCUGGAGUCUCUGCUGGAAGAAGAGGGUGGCUGGGGUGGCUGCUGGGUGGCACUGCCUCAUGCUGGAAGGUGCUUCCCAGAAAACCACGAUCCUUGUGACUGGCAGCUUCGCUCCGGCCGCCGGCAGCCCCUGCGCAGAACGGAGCACACUCGGCACUCACAACUGGACAGGCUCCUGGUGAGAGGGGAUGGAGUCAAACUCUUCUUGGUGGUGCCCGGUGGUGCUGCCAGGAGCAACGGCCAAAACUUUUGGUUUGAGAGGCUUAGAAGUGAUACUGGGAUUUUCCCUUGGUUUUAAGCCAGGAGGAAGCACAGCUGUUGGAUGAGAGAUGGGGAGGGAGGUCCAUCCUCGGAGCCACAGCCGAGCUGGUGUCAGUCACACCCCGAGGGGGACUCAGGACUUGGGACCUCAGGGGCUCCUUCUUCCCAGAGCAUCCAUUAUUUGAUCUUCUCUCUUGAAACCGCCUGCAGGGCUGCUUGGUGUGCCUUGCUUUGCUUGGGGCUGUGUCCAUCACCACUGGCUCUGGGCUGCAUAAGCUGGCACAUGGCAUGAGGCGGCAGCUCCUCGGUGCAUCCUUUGGCCACAGAAAUUCAUGGCUGAGCUGGUUGCCCUGUGUGCUGCAUUCCCAGCCGGGCGUUAAGGCUGUCCGGAUUGGGGAGGAGGUGUCCAAGGGCCCCGUUUUCUCCACCGGCACUAACCCAAGGAGGUGCUGGGCCUGGGGAAGCUGCAAGACAUUUGGAGCAGCUCAUGGCACACCGUGUGUUCCCUCACAUCCCCAGAGACUUCAACAGGUCUUCACCACCAAUCCUGGAGGAAAUUAAUCUUCUUGCAAUCAUAAGCAGCCCCUGCACACCAGCGGCGGCCAAGCUCAGAGCAGGCGCGGCAGCUGUGCUCGCACAAGCUCUUUUCUAUUUAUAUUUCACACCAUCACAGCGGUUGAUGAUUGACCAGAAACCUUCAAGGGUGCAGCAUAAAUACCAGCAGGAUGUUCGGCCGCAGCAGCGCGGCCACAGCCGCUCCAGGAGCACCAACCCCAUCCUCCCCGUGCAGCCGGAGUGGCACAGGAGCUGCCAAGAGCAAAUCCCAAGGACUUUCCUCAGGACAGGGAGGGAAGUGGCAUCAGAAGGUCCUGGUCUCGGUGGGGGGAUGGGAGCGUCAGCUGAGCCACUGUUUGCUUUGGAAAGCAAAAUAUUCACACACAUUUCAGGAAACGGUCCCACGCUGCGCGGGCUCUCGGCUGAGCGGUGCUGCUGGGAUGAGGAGGGGACAGGGGUGAAUGUGGGGCUGCUCCCACGCACAACACAGCCGGGCACGGGCACAGCCGGGCUUGGCAGCGCUGGGCACAGAGCCGCCGUGUGCCAGAGAGGCACUUGUGCAUACAGCAUCUCUCCCACCGCCCCCCGGCAGCGGCCCUGCGGCGGCACCGAGGAGGCACCCCGGGACCCACCGCGGCCUAUCCUGGCUGGGAUGACCCUUAUCCUGGUUGCAAUGGCACUCGCCCUGGCUGGGACAGCAUUUGCUCUGGCUGGAGUGACACUUAUCCUGGCUGGGAUGGCCCUUAUCCUGCAUUAGAUGUCCCCUGUCCUGGCUGCGGUGGCCCUUGUCAGCUAUGGUGUCGUUCUGUGCUGCCCAUCUCCCUCUUACACACCCAAAAAUCCCAUGAGGUGCCUGGAGUGCCCUCAGGGAUUUUCUCGGGCCACGUGCACAGUGUCGAAGGCCUCAGCUGAGCAAUGUGUUGGCGGUGUGAAAAUGAGAAAACCUCACCGCUAUGUGCGUAUGUCACAGGAAGCGGCGGCAGCCGCAGCCUCAGCUCCGAUCGCACCCAGCUCAGCACCCAGAAACAGCCGGUGCUGUGCAGCAGGACGAGGGCAAACCCAGCGGCUCUGGCGAGGGAAUGGGACCCCCGCGUCCCUGAGGACCCACCGUGCGGGCAGCACCCACGGGGAGCCCCCGGGGGUCCCAUGGCACCAUGGUGACAGCGGCGAGAGGCAGCCGGCAGCCGCUGAGGCCGGGAUCCAGGGGCGCGUGCUGAACCCGCGGGAUGGGAAGCCUGCCCAGCCAGGAGAAGCCACCCAGCGUCCCACCGGUGGCGGCCCACGCCAUGGAGCCCCCGCCGCCCUCCCCAGCCGAGCCCAGCACCUUCCUGGCCCUCUGCGACUUCCCCUCCGGUGCAGGGUCAACAGCCGCCCUGAGAAUGGGGGAGCAGCUCCGCGUCCUCUCCGAGUGAGUCCCCACUGCCACCGCGUGCCACCCGCGGGGCCACAGUGGCAGCACUUGUGUUGGGGUGCCCCCCCGCACCCGGCAGCCUCGGCCCCGCAGGACGGCUCGUGCCCUCUCCCCGCAGGGACGGGGAGUGGUGGCUGGUGCAUUCCCAGGUGUCUGGCAAGGAGUGCCAGGUCCCCAGCAGCUGCGUGGCCAAGGUCAGGCACAGGCUGCUUCUCGCUGUCGGUGCGCCACAGCACGCGCAGCUCCUGGGACUCGGUGACGCAUUACCGCAUCCACCGCCUGGAGAACGGUUGGCUCUACAUCUCGCCCCGGCUCACGUUCCCCAGCCUGCGAGACCUGGUGGAGCACUACUCCGGUAACGCCGCCACCCCCCGUGCCCCCGUCUGUGUGUGGGGCGCUCUGUGCCCUGCAGGGAGUGGGAGGGGAGGUGGUGGCUGGUCCCCUCCACCCCGGUGUCCUCGGGGUUGGGGUGCACAGGGGACCCUGCUGACCGUGCCCGCUGCCCGCCCAGAGUUCGGAGAGGGGCUGUGCUGCACGCUUAGGGAGCCCUGCUCCGUGGAAGGGGCGAGGGUGGCCACAGCCCCUGCCUUGCCCACUGUGGUGAAGAAGCCACCGCUUAGCUGGGACAAGAUUGACAGCUCCAUGCUCCUCUCAGAGGCCGCGUCUCUGCCGGAGGAAGACUCUCCCAUCAGCCUGGGCCUGCGGGAAGCCAUCAGCUCCUACCUCCUCCUGACGGAUGCUCCCGAGCAAAGCCCCACAGGGAAGGGGGCAAAGAGCAGCUGAGGGCAGGGCCACGCUUGGCCGUAGCCCCACAGCAGGUGCCGGCCCUCGGCACAGCCUUCGCCUGGUUCCAGCCACCAUCGCUCUCCGAUGCCGCGGGAGCCGAGUGCCCACAGGCUGCUGGCUUGGACAGCCGGCGGCAAGGUGGGAACUGGCAGGCUUUGGUGCCGAGAGCCUGUCCUCCCCCAGGCUGCGUGGUUUUGGCUGUGUUGUCUGAGAACCCUGAGCAUCGCCUGGAGCCCACGGUGGAGGCAGAACCUGAGAGGGGCCCUGCCUGCCCCAAGGGCUGUGUCGGGGUCCCCACCCACGCGCUCCCCAGCAGCAGGGAAACCGGAUGCAAAUGCACAACAAGCCAAAGCCCAGCCUGGGUCAGGGAACAGCCUGACCCCACCAGAUCCCCAAGUUCAUGCACAGACUUCUUUGGGGUUGGUGUCCGUGCAGGACAGGGCCCGUGGGCAGCAGCCACAGCCCCUCCUUGUCUCACCCUCAGCUUGCCAGGAGCAGCGGAGCAGCAGGAGAGAGGAACCCAGGCUCUUACUGCGGUCAAAGCAGCUGAUUUUCAUGCCUUUUAACACAUGGAUUGCACUGGCUUUAAGGUCUAUAAAACAAUCCCACUGGACAUGCAGCAAUAACCUUAAUUAAAGGGCAUCUCGUUCAGGGUUUGUGGCUAAAUCGUGAACUGUCAGCUGCAGCCGCAGAGCCGGUUCCACCCACUGCAGCCGGGGAUUGCCCCUGCCACAGGCAUCACCCCCAGCCCUGCCCACAGGGCUCCCCAAGCUGGGGCAAGUCAAGGGCCGUGGGACAGCUCUGGUCCUCAGCCGCCUCGCUUAGGGCAAAGGAAUGUGCCCUAGGGAUUAAAAUACAUUUAACAUCACAAGUCCUGUUCUGGGAGCAAUGGGGAAGCAAAGGGUGCACCUCAGGACUAUGUGAUAUCAAAGGACAGAAUGCAAAUACUCAUGUCUAAACUCGAUUUAAGCUACAUCUCUGGGCUGGGGAGGGGCCUUAAGAGCAGCACAAAGGCCUCAGAACAGCAACGCUCCUGAGGCUCUGCUUUCAACAGCCCCUUAUCAACAAAGCACAUCUGGGGAAAGUGCACAGAGCUUCCUCUGUGGUGAGAACUGGUGCAGAAGCAAUUCUGCUGCUUGGUGACAUCCCUCCCUUUCCUCUGCACCCAGAGGCUGGUGCAGCAGGACUUGCCCCCGUCCCUUAUCGGCAGGUUUCCUGCCUCUGACAUGCUCGAAUCUCCCCUUCAUUUUCAUGUCUGGUGAGUUUGCCCUUGCAAACCCACCAUUGCUUUCUCAUUUCCUUCCACACCACAGCCCGGAGCUUUACACACUGGCUCAGCUGUCGGCCUCAAGCCCAGGUGUCUCUUCAGCACAGGACGCAGAUCAGCGUUUAUCCCUCAGCCCUGACCUUGCCCCACAGCCACCUGACCCCCUGCUGUCACCCCUGGGCCCCGAGGCAGCUCAGAGGGCUUCGCUUUCUUUAGUUUCGCCAUUAGACUCACAGAAUGGUU